UACUUGGGUAGGAGGGGUUCAAUUCCAAGUUGCACUCGCCUGAAUCCCCAUGAGACGGGGUGGCUGGAUAAAAAUAAGAAUUAACCCCUCUUCCGAUAGAACCCCUAAAAACCCUCGCAACAACCAGAGGGUAGAAUUUCUUGAGGUAUGAAGCGUGUGUCGAGGGGAUUAGGUUGUUGAUUGAAAUGGAAAGCAGGGUACUUAAGGUAACGCUCAAUCUUGCCCUCUGUGUUCAGUUCUUGAUACGGUUAGCAGGGAUGGAAUGCGUUUAGAUUUGUCGGAUCAUGGAUAGGAUCAGUUCUUUUACCCUGUAAUAGCUAAUGGAUCGGGUUAUUUAUAUUAGAGUUGGAUCCGUAGGAAAACUUGUGAUCUUGAGGUUGCCAAUGCUGGAUCUUCUUUCGUUGAUGAAAGCCUGUAAUUUGGGAUGCGAAAGGGAUUAAAGUCUCAUUUUUUUCGAGAGGCGAUAGGGUUUCAUUUGUUUCCAGUUGAGGAACUGAACAUCAGAAAAAAGACCAUUUGGCUCAGAAAAAGAUAAGACGAUUUUGCUUAUGUCCAUCACAACUUGCAUUUUAGGGGAUUCUUUAUAAUGAUGUGGAGAAAGCAGAGGCACAUGAGAAUGAGGUGAAUGAGAAUGGAGAUUCAGAUAUAGCGUCAUGGAAAGGUCAUACAGAAAUUGCAGCAUUAACUGAAAUAGUUUUCUGGAUGGAGGUUCAUCCUGCCACUAUGGUUGCUGCAGCUGAUGAAGAUGAUGCUGAUCUCGAUUUUCUGGAUGAUGAUUUGAGUGAUUAGUGAGAUGUGGGAAUGGCCAGGAGAGGAGUAUAGUCUGCAAACAGAUUCACAAAAUGAUUUCUCUCACUUUCUAUGGGAAGAAGUAAACACAAAUGAAGAUGAUUUGUCAUACAUGCUUGAGGAACAAACUCCUAUCAAGGAUUGUGCAGAUUUUGGCUACCAAGUAUCAGAUAUUGAAGAUAAUACCAACAAAGGUUUGGAGGAAAUUAGAGAAUCUUCACAACUCAAGAGGAGGCGCAUGUUGCAGUUCAUGUUGGAUUAUAAUGAUGAACAUAAGGUGACCCAAUCCAUGAAUCCACCACUGCAUUCCUGAGCGCCUGAGUCACGGGAUGGCUUCUCUUCAAGAAAAUUCUUGCAUUUUGUUCUUUCCAUAAAUUCCAAAAAAUGGUCAAGACUAACUGAUCCCAUCCUCUCCUGAAGCACCCUUUUUUAUUCUCAUCGAUCUACAUGACAUCCACAAGAAAAGUUGGGAUGAAGGAUGAUCUUUAAUUUUCAGGCAAAUCUUGAUCAUGAACCAAAUACUCUUGCUAUAAGAGCAAUGCAGGAACAAAUGGCUCGCUGUCUCAUCAGCUACACCAUAGAUGGAACACAAGUAAGAAACUUGCCAUCCCUCCCUUCUCAGAACAUCCACUGCAUGUAAUCAAUUUUUGAGCGCCAAAAAAGAGAAGAUUUUGAUUUUUCGGGUGCAUUCACUUUCCACAUGGCACUAUUAAUAUGGGCAGAGAACACCACCACUGUUAAUGAAAUGAUAAAAGGAUCUCAUUGAGUA